UUCUCUCUCUCCCUCUUUUCUCCAUUGUUGUUGUUAUCUCUCUGUUUCUAACCUGUAAUGACUAUGGCUAAAACCUCCUCCGGCAACGAGAAGCUCGUGGUGGAAGUAGUGGGAGCCCACAAUCUCCUACCAAAAGAUGGCGAAGGGUCUUCCUCUCCUUUUGUGGAAGUGGAGUUCGAGAACCAACGUCUCCGAACAAAGGUCAAACCCAAAGACUUAAACCCUAUCUGGAACGAGAAGCUCGUCUUUCACAUCAUCGACGUCAAUGACCUCAGAUAUAAAACCCUAGAAAUCAGUCUUUACAACGAGAAGCGUUCCUCAAACAGCAGAAACUUCCUGGGUAUGGUUAGGGUUUUGGGUUCCGGCGUUGGGAGGGAAGCAGAGUCAGUGGUUCAGCUCUAUACUCUUGAAAAGAGGAGCCUUUUCUCGUCCGUGCGUGGAGAAAUCAGCAUCAAACACUAUAUCACCACAACGGCGGAGAACGGUGAGAACGUCGGCCGGGUUAACGGGUCGGGUGGUUCUAAGAAAAGCAAGAAAGUACAGAACUUGAGCUCUUCCAUGGCGAUUCAACAACAACAACAGCAACAGCAACAGCAACAGCAACAGAUUGCUCUUCACAAUCACAACAUAGGAAAUCAACAGCAGAACGGUCAAGGACAGCGGAUGCUACCGUUUUAUCCAAACCAAGGUGAGAUGAAGCCUCUUAUGAUAACCGCUCUUCCCGGUCCAAUGUCCGGACCCGGACCUGUCAUUUAUGCAAACAGGUCGAGUGAGUUUUCGCUUAAGGAGACAAAGCCUCGUCUUGGAGGAAAUAGUAGUGGCGUUGGCGGUUUGAGUAGUCACAAGGAUAAAUCAAGCUCGACUUAUGAUCUCGUUGAGCAAAUGCAGUACCUUUAUGUAAGAAUCGUGAAAGCUAAGGACUUGUCCGUUUCCAGCGAGGUCGUGUCAGAAGUGAAAUUGGGUAAUUACAGGGGAGUUACUAAAAAGGUGAGUUCGAAUUCGAGUAACCCCGAGUGGAAUCAAGUCUUUGCCUUUUCCAAAGAAACCAUUCAAUCUUCCGUUGUUGAGCUUUUCGUCAAAGAAGGUAACAAAGAUGAGUAUACGGGUCGGGUCUGGUUUGAUUUAAGCGAAAUCCCAACCCGAGUUCCUCCAGAUAGCCCCUUAGCUCCGCAAUGGUACAAGAUAGAGUGUAGGAACGGAGGUAGAUGCGGUGGAGAGCUUAUGGUUUCGGUGUGGUUCGGGACUCAAGCUGAUGAAGCUUUCGCUGAGGCGUGGCAUUCAAAGGCUGGAAACGUUCACAUUGAGGGACUCUCAUCGAUCAAAUCAAAGGUUUACUUGUCUCCUAAGUUAUGGUACCUUAGGGUUUCAGUUAUUGAGGCUCAGGAUGUUGCAAUUAUGGACAAAGGAUCAGGUAUGAUGAGGUUUCCAGAGCUUUCAGCGAAGCUACAAGUUGGUAAUCAGAUUCUGCGGACUGCAAUCUCAUCUGCAAGCCCUACCCGGAGCUUUUCGAAUCCGUAUUGGAACGAGGAUUUGAUGUUUGUAGUUGCAGAACCGUUUGAGGAUUACGUUACAGCUAUUGUGGAGGAUCGUGUGGGUGGUGCAAUGGGAGGACAAAACGAUGUGGCUGUUGGGAGGGUUCAGAUUCCGGUUUCUGCUGUUGAAAGACGAACAGGAGAUACACCUGUUGGUUCGAGAUGGUUUAGUUUAGAUAACGGUAAUAACAACAACCGAUUUGGUUCGAGGAUUCAUCUUAGAUUAUCACUAGAUGGUGGCUACCAUGUUUUGGAUGAGGCAACAAUGUAUAGCAGCGACGUUAGACCGACAGCGAAAGAGCUUUGGAAACCGCAAGUUGGGCUUCUAGAGAUUGGAAUUCUUAGUGCAACAGGUUUGAUGCCGAUGAAAGUUAGGGACGGGAAAUCCGGUGGAACUGCGGACUCCUUCUGCGUGGCUAAGUACGGGCCUAAAUGGGUCAGAACAAGAACCGUUGUGGACAGUCUUUGUCCAAAGUGGAACGAGCAGUACACUUGGGAAGUGAGUGACCCGUGCACAGUUGUUACCGUUGGUGUGUUCGACAACGCACGUAUUGAUGGGAACAAUAACUCUAGGGAUGCGCGAAUUGGAAAGGUUAGGAUUAGGUUGUCUACGCUAGAGACAGGACGAGUAUACACGCAUUCGUAUCCGUUGAUUGUGUUGCACGCCACUGGAGUGAAGAAAACCGGUGAGAUUCAUUUAGCGGUUAGGCUAUCGUGCGGCAACGCUUUUAAUAUGCUCCAGAUGUAUAUGUCACCACUGCUUCCUAAGAUGCAUUACACUCAGCCAUUAGGCGUUCAUAUGCUUGAACGUUUGCGGUAUCAAACGUUAAACGCGGUUGCUGCCAGACUUAGUAGAGCUGAGCCGCCUUUGGGUCGUGAGGUUGUGGAAUAUAUGCUCGAUCACGAUUUCCAUGUUUUUAGUAUGAGAAGGAGCAAAGCCAAUUUUUUCCGGCUGGUUAAUGUGAUUUCCGGUUUGGUUGGCGUUGCUAAAUUGGUCGAGGUUAUGAGAAGUUGGACUAAACCGGUUUACUCGACGGUUUAUGUUUCGGUUUUCUUGUUUAUGGUUUUGUUCCCGGAGCUUCUGUUGCCGUGUUUGUUUCUUUACGCGGCUGCGGUUGGCGUUUGGCGUUUCAGGCGGCGGCCUAGAAAUCCACCGCACAUGGACGCGCGUCUCUCACACGCGGAGACUGUGUUUCCCGAUGAGCUUGACGAAGAGUUUGACACGUUUCCAACGAGCAGAGGAUUCGAUGUCGUGAGAAUGAGAUACGAUCGAGUUAGGAGCAUUGCUGGGAGGGUUCAGACAGUGGUUGGUGACAUGGCAAGUCAGGGAGAGAGGGUACAAGCGUUGCUGAGCUGGCGUGAUCCGCGUGCUACUUUUAUCUUCUUGGUGUUCUGUUUAAUCGCCGCGGUUGGGUUUUACGCUGUGCCGGUUAAGUUGACUGUGGCUGUCUUCGGUCUGUAUUAUCUGAGACCACCUCGGUUUAGGAGAAAACUGCCGUCGCGAGGGCUUAGCUUCUUUAGGCGGCUGCCAUCUAGAGCCGAUAGCUUGCUUUAGAACAGGUCAAGGGUAUUAUCGAGUUUUUUUAAAGUUCUUGGUACACGCUUCUUGGUUCAAUGUAUUAAUUCGUUUUGGGUUAGGUUGUGACACCGGUUUAAGCUUGGUACCAGACUGUUGUGUUAAUGAUUAGGAUGCUUUGCUGUUCAUUACAAAAGUUUGCUAACUGCUUGUAGUUUUUCUUUUUUGGUCCCGAACUAUUACGUAAGUGGAAAACAAAGUAUAGACAGAAAACAUAAUAUCAAUAAAUAC